ACCAGGUCUAAGGUGGGACAAGCCGACUGGAUGUAGUCGCUGUGUUUUGGAGAAAGAAACAAGGCCCACAUUUUCAUGUUGACAGCGAUCGGACAGCAGCAGCACGUGGGUUGUUUUGUGUUGUUGUUUUUUUUAUUAACGGACUGUCUAAGGAUACUGAAAGCAGUUUCCAGAAGAAGGUGGAUUCUCCUCUCAGCCAUCUUGACUGCUCGCCGCCCUGAAGGCUGUUUUCUCUCCUCCUCCUCCUCCUCCUCCUCCUCAGCUGAAAGUAAACACGGCUUGCACAUUGCUUGCAACUCCGUGCAAGAUCCCGAGAGAAGCGAGAUGGGCUCGCUGCGCAACAUCUAACCGGAGCGGAGGCGAAAGCAGACGGCGGAGAGGAUUUAUCGGCACCAGAGCAGAAGAGGGGAGGACACGACGCGCUGGAGGGAUGGACCUGAUUGGGAUUUACCUGCUCCUCUCGCUCGCUCUCCUGCCCCGAUCCAGCUGCACCACGGCCAAGGAGAUCACCUGCCAGGAGAUAGCCGUGCCCCUGUGCAAGGGGAUCGGCUACAACUACACCUACAUGCCCAACCAGUUCAACCACGACACGCAGGACGAGGCUGGACUGGAGGUGCACCAGUUCUGGCCUCUGGUUGAGAUCCAGUGUUCGCCGGACCUGAAGUUCUUCCUGUGCAGCAUGUACACACCGAUCUGCCUAGAGGACUAUAAAAAACCUCUGCCGCCGUGCCGGAGCGUGUGUGAGAGAGCCCGAGCCGGCUGCGCGCCCCUCAUGAGGCAGUACGGCUUCCCCUGGCCGGACAGGAUGAAGUGCGACCUGCUGCCGGUUCAAGGCAAUCCCGACAUGCUGUGCAUGGACUACAACAGAACCGACUCCACCACGGUGUCCCCGGUCCUCUCCAAACCCACCAACCACCCCGCCAAGGGUUACAAUCCCUCUAAAAACAAGCCGAGCCGAACCGGCACGCCUGGGAAAUACAAGCCGCCCGCCGCCCCGUGCGAGUCGGGGUGCAAGUGUUUGGAGCCCAUGGUGUCGGUGAACACGAACCGUCACCCGCUCUACAACCGCGUCAAAACGGGACAGAUCACCAACUGCGCCAUGCCGUGCCACAACCCGUACUUUACGCACGACGAGAGAGCGUUCACCGCCUUUUGGAUAGGACUGUGGUCCGUGUUGUGCUUCGUGUCGACUUUCGCCACCGUCGCCACUUUCCUCAUCGACAUGGAGCGGUUCAAGUAUCCGGAGCGACCCAUCAUCUUCCUCUCGGCCUGUUACAUGUUCGUGUCGGUCGGCUACAUCGUCCGACUCAUCGCCGGGCACGAGAAAGUGGCGUGCAACCGGGAGUUCGACCUGGAGCACAUCCACUACGAGACCACCGGCCCCGCGCUCUGCACCGUGGUCUUCCUCCUCAUAUACUUUUUCGGCAUGGCCAGCUCCAUCUGGUGGGUCAUCCUGUCUCUGACCUGGUUCCUCGCGGCCGGGAUGAAGUGGGGCAACGAGGCGAUCGCCAGCUACUCCCAGUACUUCCACCUGGCCGCCUGGCUCAUCCCCAGCAUGAAGUCCAUCGCGGUGCUGGCGCUGAGCUCCGUGGACGGGGACUCCGUGGCCGGCAUCUGCUACGUGGGGAACCAGAACCUGGACAACCUGCGGGGCUUCGUGCUGGCCCCUCUGGUGAUUUAUUUGUUCAUAGGCACCAUGUUCCUCCUGGCCGGGUUCGUGUCCCUGUUCAGGAUCCGCAGCGUCAUCAAGCAAGGGGGCACCAAGACGGACAAGCUGGAGAAGCUGAUGAUCCGGAUAGGGAUCUUCACGGUGCUCUACACGGUGCCGGCCACCAUCAUCGUCGCCUGCUACUUUUACGAGCAGCACAACCGGCAGAGCUGGGAGAUUACGCACAACUGCUCCAACUGCCUGCUGGAGCGGGACCGCAGCAGCCCGGACUACGCCGUUUUUAUGCUGAAGUACUUCAUGUGCCUUCUGGUGGGCAUCACGUCCGGGGUGUGGAUCUGGUCCGGGAAAACUUUGGACUCGUGGAGAACUUUUUGUACCCGCUGCUGCUGGGGCAGCAAAGGCACCAGCGGCUCCAUGUACAGCGACGUGAGCACCGGACUGACGUGGAGGUCGGGCACGGCCAGCUCCGUGUCCUGCCCCAAGCAGAUGCCAUUGUCCCAGGUUUGAAUAAGGGGGGGGGGGGGGCAGCUUAUGAGGACUGCUAAUUGUUUGGGAGAUAACCCAUCACUCCCUGUCUUAAGCAAUUUGCAUGGUAAUGAACUGCUGCUGAGGUGACCCCCCCCCCCCCCCUCUCUCUCUCUCACUCCCCCAAACAUCCACACACCUCUGUGGGGACAGCUGGCUCAGACAGUGUACCUGGCAUUCACACAGGUGGGAUUCCUCCCUGUUAGUGUGGAUUAGAGGGACACACCUGUGGCGUAAGAGAGACAGGUUUGCUCCUCACUAGCUUCACACAAAGAGCAUAUGGGUCCUCAAUGUUGUUCUACACAGUGCCAGAUGACAUUGUGUCAGCCAAUCACGUCAAAGAUGGUUUAAAUUAAGCCUUAAUAGUGCCCAAGUGUUUGUUUUUUUGUUUUUUUUACGGGUCUGUUCAUUUUGUAAUUUUUCAAAAAUGUAUUUAUAUAAAAGUUCUGUGAGGUAAAAAAAAAAGCUGUACAUUUGUGUAUAAAAGAAAACUUUAUAAGCUAUUGUAAAUUUGUACAAAGUGUAGAUGUCUCUUUUUGUGAGAAAAGCAAAUAUGAGCUUUAUUUUGACAAUAAAACCUUUUUUUUGAUCAAUCUCAA